AUGGUGAUCGCCGUGCCCACCGCCAGCCUCGAAGGCAAGGUCGCGCUCAUAACGGGGGCGGGCCGUGGCAUCGGGCGGGGAGUGGCGCUGGAGCUGGCGCGGCGCGGGGCGUCGGUCGUGGUCAACUACGUGUCGUCGGCGGGGCCGGCGCAGGAGGUGGUGGACGAGAUCGCGUCGUAUAAGAACGGGGCGCGCGGCGUGGCGAUCCAGGCCGACGUCAGCAAGGUGCCCGAGAUUGCGCGCCUGUUCGAGGCGGCCAAGAAGGAGUUUGGCCGCCUCGACAUCGUCAUGUCCAACAGCGGCACCGAGUCGUGGGACAAGACGGAAGAGGUGACUGAGGAGAAGUAUGACCACGUCUUCAACCUCAACGCCCGUGCACAGUUCUUCGUCGGCCAGGCCGCCUUUAAGCAUCUCGAGCGUGAUGGCCGCCUGGUCCUCAUGACGAGCAUCGCCGCCGGCCUCAUGGGCGUCAAGGACCACGCCCUGUACAACGCCUCUAAAAUGGCCGUCAUCGGCAUGGUCAAGGCUUUUGCGACCGACUUUGGCGUCAAGGGCAUCACCGUCAACGGCGUCGCCCCCGGCGGUAUCAAGUCCGACAUGUUCACCCAGAACGCCUGGCACUACAUCCCCGGUGCCGGCCCCGACUUCCCCGGCGACAAGAUCGAGAAGCUCAUGGCCGACCACUGCCCGCUCGGCCGCUGCGCCGUGCCUGAGGAUGUCGCCCGCGUCGUUGCCUUCCUGGCCAGCGGGGACGGCGGCUGGGUCAAUGGCCAAAUCAUUACCAUUUCCGGCGGCUCAUCGCAGUAA